CAGUGAAUAAAAGAAUGAAAGAGAAGAUCAUUUGUGGUUGGCUCUGGAUGAACAGAUAACAUUGUUUGUCACGUGGUAACUGCAUGAGAACACAUAGUGCUCUUGAUUGUCAUGGCUUAAGCUUUAAGUAGUUUUUAUUUCAGUCUACAAGACAGGUGCUAUCUCUGUACUACAUCAUAUUACUCGAGCUUGUAUCUGACUUGACUAAAAUUACUCAGCUACCUCAAACCAACAUCUCUUCUUCAUUUGCACCAUCAUGAGUUAGAACAGCAAGUGUCUGCAAAAUACAAAAGAGGAUGCCGUUUCUGAAAUUCACAAUGAUAGUAUCAAAGUGUAACGCUUUGACAACAUGUGUGUGGAUGCUUCUCUCUUUGUUUCCUGUGUUUAUAGCUGGACAUGCAUUAUUUAACGGCACCUCGGUUCAGACGGGUCAUCGAGGAAUGUCAGUCAAUAUCAGCUGUAACUACAAACCAUCAAAUGACAGUGAUGGUUUCAUAGUAGAACUGCAAACUAAUAGCACAUUGUGCUCAGUGAUGAAAAAGAACAAUUCAUGGAUAAAUCAGUCAUGUAGAUAUCACUGUAGAUUUAUUUGGAUUCCAGAUACUGUGCAAAUGGCAUUUGAGAUAUCAAAUCUGCAGAUAAAAGAUACUGGCACUUACAAAUGUGUUGUGACAAGAGCUAUACCACCUCCUUCUGUGCUUUUGAGAGAAGAAAGAACAUUUGUUCAAGUUACUGCACACCCAGUUGUGUCUGUGUCAGAUGUAAGUGCAUUGGGUGGAUUUCCCACGAUCCUGUGCAUCUCUGAGGGGUUUUACCCUUCUGCUCUAGAGCAGCUGUGGAUGAGAAAUGGAGCAUUUCAUAAUGCCUCAAUCACAAACAGUACUAACAAAACCAACCCUGAUGGAUCAUUCACCCUCCAUUCAUACCUGAAGAUAUCUGACUGUGCACACUACUCGUGUUGGGUAAACCACUCAUCCCUGAGCCAACCAGCAAUAGUCCACGUGUCUCCUGAUUGUUACGGAAACAGAGAUAAAAAUGUAUGGAUAGCUCUGGCUACCUCUGUGCUGCUGAUUCAUACCAUACUGAUUAUCACGGCUGUGUGUAAGCAUUCCAGAAGAGCACAUCACAGGUCUCCUGUAAGAGUGAAUGCCACACCUGAGCCUUAUCUCCAAUCUCACCUGCAGUAUGACAUAUAUUCAUUGUUGGGUGACCAUCAUCCAGUUCCAUGCAGCCCUGUCGGAGUUCGCUUAUCUCCACAGUGAACACCAAAUAUUUAACAUUGAUAGAUUAUACAUUGAUAAACAUCCAGAUCCAUUUCUUGUAUGUAAUAUAUAGUUUCUAUAUGAUUAUUUAACCUCCCAUUUUGUUGCUUAUGUUGACAGAGUAUAUGACACAUACAAAAUAUAAGGCAUGUGAUCUUUGCCAGCUUAAAGGGAUACUCCACCCCCAAAUUAAAUUUUUGUCAUUAAUCUCUUACUCCCAUUUCAUUCCAAACCCAUGAAGCUUAAUUUGUCUUCGGAAUACAAUUUAAGAUACUUUUUAUGAAAACCGGGAGGCUUGUGUUUUUACCAUAGACUACCAAGUUAGACUGUCAAAGUCCAGAAAAGUAUGAAAAGCAUCGUCAGAAUAUUCCAACUGCCAUCAGUGGUUCAACCGUAACAUUACGAUGAGACGAGAAUACUAUUUGUAUGCGAAUAAAGCAAAAAUAACGACUUUCA